CUGUCUGUGUGUGUUUCUGUGGGCUAUAUUAUUUAUUUCUUAAUAUCAAACUUGUGAUUUUUUUUAUAAAAAGUAGACUGGUGAACUUAUAAAAGCGGUGAAAUUAUAUUACUUUCCUAACAAAAAAGAAAUUACUUCAUAAACCCUAAACAAAAUGGAUGAAAUUAAAGGGUUUUUUAGACAAGCCGGCAAAGAGUUCCUCAAUGCGGCCGGUGAUGCAGCCAUGGGUGCUGCCAAAGAAGUUAUGGGUUCGGUUAUAAAUGAAAUUUUUAUAAAGAAAGAGGCCGAAACUAAGAGAAUCUUACCCAGUAUUAAAAAUAUGAGAGUGAUUUCAAAACGUAAACGAUUGGUGCUUGGUGAAAGACCCUUGGGUAGUUAUAGGCCACAAACUGAAGUUCAGGAUUUUGAAACAAUACGUCGUCAAUGUUUAGAAAAUGGUUCCUUAUUUGAAGAUCCUCUAUUCACGGCUAGCAAUGAAUCUCUAAUGUUUUCCCGGCGUCCAGAUCGACAUAUUGAGUGGUUAAGACCUCAUGAAAUUGUCGAUGAUCCACAAUUCUUCGUAGAAGGCUAUUCUAGAUUUGAUGUGCAACAGGGAGAAUUAGGCGAUUGUUGGCUUUUGGCUGCUACCGCAAAUUUAACUCAGGAUUCGAAUCUCUUCUUCCGCGUUGUGCCACCAGAUCAAAGUUUUGAUGAAAGUUAUGCCGGCGUUUUUCACUUUUGCUUUUGGCAAUAUGGCAAAUGGAUUGAUGUAGUCAUAGACGAUAGACUGCCUACAUAUAGAGGUGAAUUAAUGUAUAUGCAUUCAGCAGAGAAAAAUGAAUUCUGGAGUGCCUUGCUGGAGAAAGCUUAUGCCAAAUUACACGGUUCUUAUGAAGCCCUUAAGGGAGGUUCAACUUGUGAAGCUAUGGAAGAUUUUACAGGUGGUGUUACUGAAUGGUAUGAUUUGAAAGAAGCUCCCUCCAAUCUCUUCAACAUUCUCGCCAAAGCGGCUGAACGUAAUUCUAUGAUGGGUUGUUCUCUAGAAGCCGAUCCCAAUGUUUUAGAAGCUGAAACACCAGAAGGUCUUAUACGAGGACAUGCCUACUCCAUUACCAAAGUGUGCAUGAUUGAUAUAGUGACACCAAAUCGCCAGGGCAAGAUACCCAUGAUACGUCUACGUAAUCCUUGGGGUAAUGAGGCAGAGUGGAAUGGCCCCUGGAGUGAUAGUUCCCCUGAAUGGCGUUAUAUACCUGAUGAUCAAAAACAUGAAAUUGGUUUGAAUUUCGAUCGUGAUGGUGAAUUUUGGAUGUCUUUCCAAGAUUUCUUGAAUCACUUUGAACGUGUCGAAAUUUGCAAUUUGUCUCCUGAUUCUCUAACGGAAACCCAACAGAACGAUGGUAAACGCAAGUGGGAAAUGUCUAUGUUCGAGGGUGAAUGGACAGCAGGUGUUACAGCGGGUGGUUGUCGUAAUUUCCUUGAUACAUUCUGGCACAAUCCUCAAUAUGUUAUCUCACUGGAAGAUCCCGAUGAGGAAGAUGAUGAUGGCAAAUGUACUGUUAUUGUAGCCUUAAUGCAAAAGAAUCGUCGUUCCAAACGUAACUUGGGUAUGGAGUGUUUAACUAUAGGUUUUGCUAUUUAUCAUCUAAAUGAACGCGAUUUACAAGUCCGUCCCCAGGGCUUGAGUUUCUUCAAAUACAAAGCUUCCGUGGCACGUUCACCUCAUUUCAUUAAUACCCGAGAGGUUACAGCUCGUUUUAGAUUACCCCCUGGUCAUUAUUUAAUUGUACCCUCCACCUUCGAUCCUAACGAAGAAGGAGAAUUUAUUAUUCGUGUCUUCUCUGAAACUCAAAAUAACAUGGAAGAAAACGAUGAUCAUGUGGGUUAUGGAGAUGCUGACAACGAUGUCAAACCACCACUUUAUCCUAGUAUGCCUUCACCAGUGAAACCUGUUGAUCCCCAGAGAGAUGCCUUACAACGACUUUUCAAUAGUGUUGCUGGUGCCGAUAUGGAAGUUGACUGGAUGGAAUUGAAACGUAUUUUGGAUCAUUCUCUACGUGAUGAUUUGCCCAAGUCGUCAGAUUUUACUGCACAAAAUGUUAGAGAAAACUAUGCGCCUUUGUCCAAGGAAAAUGGUGAGGGACCAAACAAUAAUAAUACUACCGAACUUGAUGGUAAUAAUAUUGUGAAUACCAUCAUUUCGUUGCUAUGUGGACUUUGUAAUAAAAACAAUAUUGACGAAAUGCUUGGACUUGAUGAGCAAAAUAAUACUACUCAACGUCUGGUGGAUCAUAAUGCCACUGACGACCCCAAUAACACCGUGAUGAUGGCUAGUCCUGAGGGUUUCUCCAAAGAUGUAUGUCGUGCCAUGGUAGCUAUGUUGGAUGCGGACAAGUCGGGUAAACUGGGUUUCGAAGAAUUCGAGGCUCUUUUAACAGAUAUUGCCAAAUGGAAGGCGGUAUUUAAAGUAUACGAUGUCUAUCAAACUGGACGCAUUGAUGGUUUUCAAUUACGUGCUGCCUUAAAUUCAGCCGGUUAUCAUCUUAACAAUCACAUUUUAAAUGCCUUGGCACAUCGUUAUGGUACUCGAGAUGGAAAAAUUGCAUUUGAUGAUUUCCUUAUGUGUGCUGUUAAAAUUAAAACAUAUAUGGACAUUUUUAAUGACAAGGAUACGGAGCAUACCGGAACCGCUACCUUUACUAUGGAUGAAUGGAUCGAAAGUACAAUUUACUCAUAAUUUUCAAGCAACGACUUAAUAAACUAUUACUGUAUUUAUUAUUUUACUCGAAA